CCUGCGAUUCUUAGGGAAUUCAUUUCAAUAAGAACUAUGUAGAAUGAUAGAUUUCUUUUCUAACAUAACCUGUUAUACAGAAUUACACUGAAAAUGUAUCUAAAAGUACGCUAACGUGAAUGAACGUAUAUCUGAGGCGAUAAAAACAAAAAGAUGACAGCAGACAGCACCUAUACUAACGAACAAGUAAUUCUUGUAACAGGUGGUUAUGAUCACACUAUCAAAAUAUGGCAACCCCACACAGGAGUUUGCCAGCGUACCGCAGAACAUACAGAUUCGCAAGUUAAUGCUUUGGAUAUUACUCCAGACAAAUAUGGAGUUGCUGCUGCAGGAUAUCAACAUAUAAGAAUGUAUGACUUACUCUCUAAUAAUCCAAACCCAGUUAUUAAUUAUGAAGGAAUAACAAAAAACAUUACAGGCUUGGGUUUUCAGGAAGAAGGUAAGUGGAUGUACACUGGGGGUGAGGAUUGUUCUGCACGUAUUUGGGACCUCAGGUCAAGUAGCUUUCAAUGCCAAAGAAUAUUUCAAGUAUCGGCUCCUGUAAAUUGUGUGUGUUUACAUCCUAAUCAAGCGGAACUUAUUGUUGGCGAUCAAAGUGGUGUCAUUCAUUUGUGGGAUCUACGGUCUGACCACAAUGAACAGCUGAUUCCAGAGGCAGAAGCAUCUGUGCAAGAUGUUACAAUCGAUCAAGACGGUACGUACAUGGCAGCAGUAAAUAAUAAAGGUCACUGUUAUAUUUGGACGUUAACGGGUGGCGUCGGUGAAGAACCGACGCGCCUUAAUCCUCGUCAUAAACUUUUGGCGCACAAACGUUACGCUCUGCGAUGCAAAUUUAGUCCUGACUCUACGCUUUUAGUGACCACAUCAGCUGAUCAGACUGCUCGAGUUUGGAAAACAACAGAUUUUUCGGAGGCACAAGUGCUUCAGCAUGAAGCGAAACGGUGGGUCUGGGAUGCAGCGUUCAGUGCGGACUCACAGUAUAUAUUUACAGCUUCGUCCGAUGGUGUUGCCAGGUUAUGGAACGUAUCAACGGGAAGCGUAGAACGAGAAUAUGUAGGCCAUACUAAAGCACUUACUGCUCUUGCAUUUCAUGAUGAAGUACUUUCUGUUUCUUAAAUAAAUUCUCGUUCGUUUAAAUUAUUGAACAGGAUGUAUGUUUUUAUAUAUAUGUAACUUGAUAAUAGUGGAUAUCAACCCUUAACAUAAGACUCAAUGAAUGGUUCAUCAGCAAAUAUCGUUUAUCAAAGGCGCAAUGUGGUCCUUAUAUUUCUUAAUUCUCUUUAUUUUAACUUGAUUGCAUAUGAUUUAUGAAUGUGUUCAUAUACAUUUCAUUAAGUUUAAAUUCCAGUCUUAAAAUAGCUUUGCACAUUUUCAAGCAUGUAUACAGAUCACAAAAUGACUUACAAAC